CUGGAGCACUUCCCGGACACAAACACAGGGAUCCGCAGAAACACCCCAAACGUCAGGGUUUACUUUCGUCUUUUCUCUAACUCUUGCCACUACAUCCGUCACCAUGUCGGCGAUGUGCGGGGGACUCGGCGCGAUAUCUGAAGCCAACGAAGAAAUCCAGAAGAUCUGUGAAAGCGUGAAGCCCCACGCAGAGAAGGAAGCAGGGAAAACCUACGAUGUGUUCACAGCCAAGAGCUACAAGUCUCAGAUGGUGGCUGGGACCAACUACUUCAUCAAGGUCCACGUGGGAGGAGAUGAUCACGUUCACCUCCGUGUUUGGAAAAAACUUCCAUGUUAUGGAGGAGAGUUAGAGUUGACUAAAAUGGAGCAAUCCAAGAGGCACGAGGACCCCAUUGAGUACUUCCAAUAGGAUCACGAACCAAACACGGCACCAGUGUCUACGUGUUGCCUUCCUGUUCUAAUCAGUUAUGAUCAAAUUAUUACAGCUAAACAUAGAAAACAAUGUUUGUCCUCCGCUAACAUGUUACAACCGUAGAUCAUGAUGCAAAGAGCAUUUUAAAUAUGGAACUAUUUUGUACAACACCUAAAUAAAUGAAUCUAAUUUUC